AUGACGCCUUCUCUAAUUGACCAACAAAACAUCGACUCGUCGUCCAAGGCGACACUACGUACCAUCAGCUGCUCUGAGCUGCAGAAUGAAGAUCCGCGGGCCCUUGAGCAUCUCCUUCUCGCUGCUACUGAGGAUGGCAUCUUUUACCUGGACUUUGACCAAGGCGAACAGGCGAGCUUGGAUCAAAGCAUCCAGGACGUGGACCGUCUCAGCCAUGCCAUCUUCGACAUGCCCAUCCGAGAGAAGCUGGCACUUGACAUUGACACCAUGGGAAGCCUCAAGUUGAAUGGGUACAAGCCAGUCGGUAGAAACAAAGGCGGCAUCAAAGGCCAUCGUGACGGCUUUGAAAGCUAUGCCAUUUCUCAAGACACCAUCCGGGAAUCGCCAGACCGAGUCGUCCAGCAUCCCCCCGUCGUCGCCGAGUAUCGCGAAUCUCUCGCGCAGCUGACCUCGCGAUGUCUAGACACGACGCACCUCAUCUUCAAGGCGCUGUCCCGGGCCUUUGGCCUUUCCCCCGCGGACUCCUUCGAGUCCCACCACGACCCGGCCUCCUCCCCGCUCGACCUCCUCCGGCUGCUCCGGUACCCCGACGCCCUCGGCGCCGCCGCGUUUGGCAUCCCGCAGCUGGCGCACGCCGACAUGGGCUCCCUCACGUUUCUUUUUACGUCUUCGCCCGGGCUGCAGAUCCUGCCCAAGGGUGCCGCGGCCGACCAGUGGCGCGACGUGCUGCCGGUGCCGGGCCGGGCCAUCGUCAACUUUGGCGACGCGGUCAAGAUCCUCAGUGGCGGCAGGGUCGAGAGCGUAGUGCACCGCGUGAUCACCAUGCCGGCGGGCGAGCAGCAGCAGCAGCAGGUGGACGUCCGGGACCGGUACAGCUUCGCGUUCCUGGUCCGGCCUGCGCCGUCGGCGCACAUCACCGCGCUGCCCGGCCUCCAACAAGACGAGGCCGGCGCGGAGGCCGAGCCGCCAAUGACCUGUGAGGAGUGGGUUUCGAUGAGGUUUAGUCAGUUGCGGGCGAAAUAG